CGCCUGCGUGGGUCCUUUCCCGGCAAACCUUGCGCUGAUAGGAAGCAGCGGCUGCUAAGCAGAGCGGCGUCGUGACCUUCGCUGCGUUUCCUCGUUCUUUCUCGUCAGGCUUCAAGGGCUUCACUGGGUCCAAGUCUGUCUUUCAAUACGGUGUCAGAGUACAGCAUAAUGAUUAACAUGCUGAGGAGUGCUGUUCAGAGAUGGUGGGACACCAAUAGGAUUUACCACACUCAGGUAUUCCAAGAACUCUGGGUUGGUAUCAUCUUAACAGGAUAUGUCUAUUACAAGAUCUCUUAUGGAGGUAAAAAGUCAGUGGAAGGCAGCAAAAAAUCCUCUUCUGGCCAUCAUUAGAAGUUCUUCAGUAUGCAUUUGGUGAAGUGACAAAUUGGCAGUAGAGAAAUCAUGCUGCCACCAUGGAUGUUAGUUGUGUUGUAAGCUGUGUACAGCCCUAUCGCAGUGGUAAUCUGUCAAGGACUGAAUAAACACGUUGUGCAAAAA